UCUCGACAGGGCUUUUCAUGUUGCCCACGAUGUAUUGAAGAUGCCUUCACUGCUCGACUCACGCACACAACAAAACGAAGGAGGUGCCCGCUGCUGGAUGGUGACUGAAGCGGAAGAGCUGAAAAAGUUCCUGAAGCCAUUCGGCGUGAAAUUCAACGAACUGCACGAAGGCAGCCUGGACCUCAUAAUGACCCAUAACGAUCCCGUGGCUCCCUACGACCUCAAAGCUGUGGUUCUCUGCUUGGCUACAUUGUGGUUUCUGCGCGAGCGCCGCUGUUUCUCCGGCGUCAGCCUGAACGUGUUAGUGCUGGAGCGCUUUCGCCCGGGGCAGUUCCUGCAGCACAUCACGUUCGCCAAGCGGGUCGUCACGUUCCACUUGAUCGACAUCGAGGGAAUCGAGCUCCCGUUCAGGAUGGGCCCCAUUGUGCUGGUACUCGACCAAAUGGAACUGCUGACGCACACCUCGACAUGGUAACACUUAUGGAGGCUGAGGGCACCUAUCUCUCCUCACUGGUGAUUACCAACCACGCCCUUCGGAACGUGACCAUGAAAGACUCCGUCCUGGCCAGACUCGCGCCGGAGUUCAAGGAGCACCGCCGACCGGGAGAUUUUGAGCUGCCAGGAAGGAUCAGUAACAGCGCGACGCGCACUGAACUGUUCUCGAGGCUGUUGGACACGUCCUUCUAGUUCAGCGCCUCGAAAUUGUGUGCGACCUCACCCAGCUGUUCGAGAAACUCAUGGGCAACGUGCAGCUGAUAGUAGUGGAGCUUGGACGCGUUAUUAAUUUUGUUUUUAGCGGUGUACAAUUUUUACGCUACCGGAUUGAACUUGUAUGAAAUCACAAAUAUUGUGCAAUUCAUAGUGUGUAUAUUUUUUGUCUAUAUAUCAUUGAACUGAAGCAGCCAAGGAAUUACUCCAGCGCUUCACUCACAACCUGCAGCGAUCGCUUCAUUGUUAUAAAUAGCAAGAAAACACCUUGCGUUAUGGACUUGAACAGAUAAGAGAAGAUAUAAAAUUAGAAUGACCAUGGCCAACACAAAGUGCGAUGUUAUCGCAGGUUGCGCUCUACGAGGAUGAUUACUUACCUAAUUAUAGCGCAACG